AACUCGCCUCAACUCACUGAGUCCCAAACUCUAGCCCAACUUGCUCUCUCACUCCUCUCUCUCUUCUCCAUCUGUAUUCUUUGUCAAAUCUCAACACCAAAAAUUCAACUCUUCUUUCUCCAUUUCUUCUUCUCUUUUUCUCAUUUUUCUCUAAUUUUCUUUUUCAAAUUUUAUUUUUUUUGUUAUUUUUUUGUUUUUUAAUGUCAAAAUAAAAUAAUAAAUACACAUUUUAGCCUUCUUUUUUUUCUUAUUUAUAAUUAAGAUUUAAUUAAAAAAAUAAAUAUGUCAUCAUCAAAUCCUCGAACAGUGGAAGAGAUCUUCAAGGAUUUCAGCGCUCGUCGUGCUGCUAUUGUUCGUGCUCUCACUUCUGAUGUUGACGAAUUUUAUGGACUUUGUGAUCCCGAAAAGGAGAAUUUAUGUUUGUAUGGGCACCCAAAUGAAUCAUGGGAAGUCAAUCUCCCUGCAGAAGAAGUUCCACCAGAGCUUCCUGAGCCUGCUCUUGGAAUAAACUUUGCAAGGGAUGGAAUGAACAGAAGAGAUUGGCUUUCACUUGUUGCUGUGCAUAGUGAUUGUUGGUUGUUAUCUGUGGCUUUCUAUUUUGGUGCCCGUCUUAACCGCAAUGAAAGGAAGCGUAUAUUUAGUAUGAUAAAUGAACUUCCAACUGUCUUUGAAGUUGUGACUGAAAAGAAGCCGGUAAAGGACAAGCCUAGUGUGGAUAGUAGUAGCAAGCCCCGCGGAAGCACUAAGAGAACAAGUGAAGGUCAGGUGAAGAGCAAUCCCAAGCUGGCAGAUGAGGGCUACGAAGAUGAUGACGAGGAGCAGGGUGAAACACUGUGUGGUAGCUGUGGAGGUAAUUACAGUGCGGAUGAAUUUUGGAUUUGUUGUGAUAUUUGUGAACGGUGGUUCCAUGGAAAAUGCGUGAAGAUAACUCCUGCCAAAGCUGAAAGCAUUAAGCAAUACAAGUGUCCAUCGUGCAGCAUGAAGAAAGCAGGCCGUAGUCAUUGAUGCUAUAAAAGGACCAGAAACAUUCUUACUACAUGGGGUUGCUGACAUAGUAUAGCAAAUACUAUCUUUAAAAAGUAUGAUUCUCUAGUUAAAUCUGUUGCGACGAGAUGAUUGUUUGUCUAUACAACACUUGUUUAAUGUGAUUGAAGUUUUUCAUAUCUGGGAGUCCUUGUAUUCUCUUGUAUUUUGUUGUAUCAGAUAACAGUUUGGUUUGUGAUACAUAUAUUUGUAUUUUGUAUCAGUAGAGUUUAGCAUAUCAUCCCCAGAUGUGAGUAAAGCAUAGGCUAUAUUCUUAAGAUUUAAUUAAGGCAUACACUGAAUUUAUGAAAAUCUGCUUCAAAACUUUUAUUUAUUUAUAUUUAUUUUUGAA